CCCCCCCUGUAUAAUACUGACACACUUUGACUUCAGUCCGGUUUUGAAGCAGAACUCUUACUUGUAGUUGAGUAUUGUCUCCGUGUGGUUUUAGUACACAUACUACAGUAAAGUACUCCUGUACUUCUACCUCCUCUGGUUGAAUUAUUUUUGUUUUUUUCUUACUUCACUGAAACUCUCUCCUCGUAGGAACCUUUGUUUCUAGCUUGUGUGUUCCUAUCCGGACCCGGUUUACAGACACACCGUUGCUAGGAUGCAGUGCAGCAGCUUCAGCUGUGCUAUGGCGGCGGCAUGCUAACGAUGCUAACAUCAACGAAAACCGUUAGAGAAAAUACAUCAAACGUAGCACUUUAUAUUCUGACGUGUUUACCCGCUGGUGCAAUGACGUCAUUAAGUCCGUAAACGUCAGCUAAUGUGUUUACCUCGGGAGCUAACAGAAGCUAACUGAGCAGCUAGGAUUAGCUGUUAGCAUUUGAAAGCUGUCUGAGCAGCUAGUUAGCUGACAGGCGGCUAACAUCCGUUAGCUUCUCUAGCUUCGCUUAACGGAAGAAUGUACGGGAGCCGGAAGGGACAAGAGGACACGAGGAGGUCCGACUGAUGGACUGUUCUGCUGAAGGAUCAGACGAUCAGGUGGACUCUUCAUACUGAGAUGGACCUGGACUUGAUCCGGGCCGGUCUUCUUCUCACCAUGCAGGUUUCAACAUGUCGGACUGCGACCCAGCUGCUGUAGAGGAACCUCCUGGUCCUGGUCGCCCCCACCUGGUGGAGAAGGCCCUGUCGGAGGCCUUUGCCAGGCUGAGGUACCGGGACACGUCCCUGCUGGUCUGGCAGCAGCAGCAGCAGGACCUGCAGGCUGCCCCCCCCUCCACCUACCUGAGCCGCAGUCAGUCGGCCUGGUACAGCAGCUUCGGGAACCAGGCCGUGCUGGUCCGGGACAAGACGGGUCUGGAGGACGCAGAGGGGCGGUCCAGGAUCUGCAGCAUCAUGUAGACCGGAACCAGGACCCUGAGCAGAGUGGUUUCAUUCCAGUCCUGGUGGGAUGUAUCAGUGAAGUUCAGGGUUUGGCGGUUCUGGUCUCGGAGGGACGUCGGUCCUCUAAUCCACCAGAGAAGAAGAGACACAGAGAGCCGCUGGGUAUUGUGGGAAAUGUGUUCCAGUUUGACUCCAGGACCUGAACUACAAAGAGUCCAAUAAACCAGUUCAUGUCCUGGUUAUCUGGUUUAACUAAACCUUCACAUAAAGGGGCGGGGUUUACAGCUUCUGGCCAAUCAGAGACAAGGACCAGUCUGACGUCAGCAGAGCGUUUUAUGAAAAAAGAGAACUAGAAAAUCAGAAGUUAAAGUCAGAAUUCAGAAAUGAAAACAUUAAUAAAAUCACUGUUAUUACAUGUUUAUUAUAUUAAAUUAAUAUGCUAAUAUGAAGCAGUGAUUUUAUUAAUAUAUUACUUUAAACAUGUUUAUCAACAGCUGUUCUGUUUAAACUGUUUCUUUCAGUCUGAAUUAUGACUUUGGUCAUAAUUACUCUGGUUGGUCAGGAGGCGGAGCUUAAAUACCUCCAUCACCUGCCUGACACCAGGAAGUGUUUGUUACGCAGCGGUAGUUUUACAGUCAUGUGACCGGAGCCUGGUCACAUGACCAUGAAGACUCCUGUUCACAUUUAAAACUAAUAAACUAAACGACUGUCUGUAAAUAAGUACCUGUAGAUAACGACUCGGUACCUGUAGAUAACGAGUCUGCACCUUUAAAUAAGGACUGUGUGUGAGAAUAAGAGUCGAGUCAGCGAGUCAGUUUAUGUGUUUAUUUAUGAAAACAAAGGAACUCAGAAAAUAAGGAUCCCAUAUCAGUAAUUACAUCAAAUCAUUGACUUGUUGUGGUCGGUUCGUCCCGUCUGUCUCCCUCUAACCCACAGACAGCUACCUUACAGCUACUAUACAGUGCUCAAACAUACGGAUGAAAGGACGUACGGCCGGAGUGCAUGCAAAUACAUAAAAUCACUUUUUUCCUUUUUCUUAUUAAAAUACAAAAAUUAACUAUUAGCAUCAAAGCUCGACCAUCAACUAAAAACAAACGGGAGGUUACUGUGGCAACGAGCUGUCUGUGAAUGUGUUUAUUGAUUAGUCUGUAACGACAUCUCGUCUCUACCUUCUUCAGUCCGACAAGAGCACAGACGACAUCCCAUAAUUGAAACAACUAAACCGUCUCCAUGACAACUUACUCUGGUAUCUCCUCAACCCCCCCCGAUGUAGACCAUGAUAUUUUGGUUGAAAGUUUACCCAAAAACAAGACUUUUGUCCAACAAAAAGAUUCAGUUUGAUGGGAUGACAAAGAGGAAAUCAAUAAUCAGAGGCUUUCAGUUCAGAGGGUUCGACCAAUCAGAGUCGUCGGUAUGGAGGAGCAGGAGUCACAUGAUUUAUUCUGGUUGGUUCGACCUGAUUGAUCAGAAGUGAAACAAUAUAAACAUGUUUUUAUUUGUCUUUUUUUUUUUCCAGGCAAUUUGUGUUUUGAAGUUUGAAAAUCAGCUAAAAUAAUAAACCUUUAAAUGAA